AUGUCUUGGUUCUCUUGCCUCUUUACUCUGUGGCCCUCCUCAUCCCCAUUCCUGCUGCUUAUGUGGCUUGGGGGCAGACAGCUGGGGCUCAGGGUUGGUCUGCAGGUUGUUCAGACACUGACUUGUUCUCGGUGGGGUACACCCAGCAAUCAGGGUCUGUUCCAGGAUGGAGAUGUAGUCAUCGGUGGGCUCUUCAGUCUCCAUUACCAACCUCCAACUAUAGAAAAUGAUUUCACUCAACUGCCACACUACAGACCUUGCACUGGUUUAGAGCAUGUUCCAUUGCAGUACAUAUAUGCUAUGGUGUUUGCAGUGGAGGAAAUCAAUAAUAGCACAACACUGCUACAAGGUGUAAAGCUGGGAUACAGCAUUUUUGAUAGCUGUGGCAGACCACCAUGGGCUCUACAGGCAGCACUUUCACAGACUGGAGGAGACAGCACAAGCUGCAUUUUAAAUGAUACUUCAGAUUACUCUGCAAUGUACAGAGAGGGAUAUGGAGAAAGAAGAGGUGAUCAUCCUGUUCCCUUGAUCAUUGGGGGUGCUUCAUCUGUAACAGGCCAGAUACUCUCCAGAAUGCUUGGGCCACUGUCUAUAAGCUACUUGGCAAGUUGCCCCUGUCUGAGUGAUAGACUUCAGUUUCCUAAUUUCUUCCGGACCAUCCCUUCUGACAUUUACCAAGCAAGAGCUAUAGCACAGCUUGCCAUUCGCUUCAACUGGAAUUGGAUUGGGGCAGUGGUAGCAAACAACGAUUACGGACACAUGGCAGUAAAGGUAUUUCAGGAGGAGACUCGGGGGAAAGAGGUGUGUCUGGCAUUUGUAGAAACUCUCCAAAGAGACAAAAUUGUGAUUGAUGCCAGACGAGCAGCACUCACGAUUCAGGCCUCAACUGCCAGAGUGAUUGUAGUCUUUUCCUGGUAUACAGACGUGAGGGAACUAUUCCUGCAACUAGCCAAGAUUAAUGUGACUGACAGACAGUUUUUGGCCAGUGAAGCUUGGAGCACCAGUAAUGAUCUUCUUCAAGAUAUGGUCACAAGAAAAGUGGCAAAUGGUGUUCUUGGCGUUGCCAUUCGAAGUUCAACUAUGCCUGGAUUUCAACAAUAUCUUUCGAGAUUGAACCCAAUAAGUCGUCCUGGGGAUGACUUCUUAAGAGAAUUCUGGGAAAAGGAGUUUGGUUGUAGUCUUGAAGCAGCAGAUCAAUCAGAGUCUCAAGCAAACAGGUUGCUAGUAAAGUAUUCUCUUCCACCCUGCAGUGGUACAGAGUCCCUGGAGAGGAUACGCCAUCCUUUUACUGACAUCUCUCAGCUGAGGGUGACUUAUAAUGUCUACCUUGCUGUUUAUGCUGCAGCGCAUGCCCUUCAUAGCCUUCUCUCAUGCCCUGAUAUGGACAGCUUAAUAAAAACUAACACCUCCACCUGCUCUUCUUUAAAACUCAUGAAACCCAUUAAAUCCAUAGAGGUUUUGCAGCACCUGGAGAAUGUAAAUUUCACCACACCACAGGGUGAACUAUUUUAUUUCGAAGGAGCAGAUAUUCCACCCAAGUAUGACCUUGUCAACUGGCAGAAAACCACUGGGGGGUCACAAAAACUUGUCUUAAUUGGUGGUGUGGAUGGGUUUGACCUCCAUCUUGACGACUCAGCUAUUCAGUGGAGCACAGGAUCUAAUCAGGUGCCUAUUUCAGUGUGCAAUGAGAGCUGCCCCCCAGGUACCCGAAAGGCCAACAGGAAAGGUGAGCCUCUCUGCUGCUUUGACUGUAUCCCAUGUGCUGAUGGGGAAAUAAGCAAUGAAACUGGUUCUCUUCAUUGUGAGCGAUGUCCAUCUGAGUUCUGGUCCAAUGACGAACGAACUGCCUGCAUCCUUCGUCAGCUGGACUUCCUUUCCUUUAAUGAAACAUUGGGCAUUACUCUGACAACAGUAGCUGCAUCCGGUGUUGUGGUGACAACAGCUGUGUUUGUGGUAUUUCUUUGCUACCACAAAACACCCAUGGUGCGAGCCAACAAUUCAGAACUCAGCUUCCUGCUUCUUCUGUCCCUGAAGCUCUGCUUCCUGUGCUCACUGGUGUUCAUUGGUCGUCCAUCAAUCUGGUCCUGUCGGUUCGGGCAGGCAGCAUUUGGGAUCAGCUUUGUUCUUUGUGUUUCCUGCCUCCAAGUCAAGACCAUUGUUGUUUUGGCUGCAUUCCGCUCAGCUCGGCCUGGUGCUGGAGCCUUGAUUCGGUGGUUUGGUCCGAGCCAACAAAGAGGCAGUGUCUGCCUUCUUACUUGUAUACAAAUUAUCAUCUGUACCACAUGGUUGUCCAUCAGUCCUCCAGUGCCUCGACGUGAUCUGGGUUUCCAAGGAUCAAAGGUCACGCUAGAGUGUGCCAUGGCCUCUGUGGUGGGAUUCUCUCUGGUUCUUGGCUACAUUGGCCUGCUGGCCUGCACCUGCCUCCUCUUGGCUUUUCUCGCUCGUAAACUCCCUGACAACUUCAAUGAGGCCAAACUGAUCACCUUCAGUAUGCUGAUAUUCUGUGCCGUGUGGGUAGCUUUUGUUCCUGCGUAUGUAAGCUCUUCUGGAAAAUACACUGUUGCUGUUGAGAUAUUUGCAAUUUUGGCUUCUAGCUAUGGUUUACUUUUAUGUAUUUUUACUCCAAAGUGUUUCAUCAUAGUUUUUAGGCCAGAGAAAAACACCAAGAAAAACCUAAUGACCAGGUAG